CAGUAUGAGUGUCUGGAGUGUGGCAAGGUGUUCAAGUGGUCAUCGCGGCUGAUUCACCACCAGCGCACGCACACGGGUGCUGUCACUCCCGCCAGACGUGAUGCCCAUGCUGGACCCUAGCCAGCUCGCUAUCCGUGAGAUGCAGGAAGAUGAGGAGCAGAUGGUUCUGGAACUGCUAAAGGAUGGGUUCAAGGACACGGAGAACCGGCUGAUCCUGUAUGUCCUGACGCGGCCCCUGGCGCUGCUGCUCCUGGCCGUGGUGAGCAGCGGCCUCCGCUUCCUGCUCAACUCCUUUGUAGCGGCGCUGCUGGGGCCCGUGCUCCUCACCAUCCUGGCCCUCAAGCUGCUGCUGCGGCGCUUGCCGGACCUUGGCUGCCUGGGCGCGUACUACCGCUCGGGGCAGCGUGGGCUCUGGGUGGCGGUGUACGACGGCGACGAUGUGUGCGGCUGCGUGGCGCUGCAGCCCUGCCCGCAGGGGGUGACCCGCACGGCUGAGCUGAGGCGCUUGGCCGUCAGCCGCUGGUACCGGCGCUCCGGCGUGGGGCGCUGCCUGGUGGCCUUCCUGGAGGCCCAGGCCCGGGCGCAGGGCUAUGAGCGUGUGGUGCUCUACACCGCCGUGGUCACCAAGGCUGCCAUCAGCCUCUUUGAGAGCAGCGGCUACCGCCCCACUGGCGGGCGCAGCUGGCUGGGCUACACCAUCCUGCAGGAAUUCAGCAAGGAGCUCUAGCACCCGCUGCCCCCCUUCUGCUGGGUCGGGGGAGUGACUUGUAGGGAGCAAUUCUGGCGAAGGGCUGGCGGGCCGCAUCCGUCCUCAUGCCCAGGAGUCCCUCUGCUCCAUGGAUGUGGGAUUUGGGGUGUGGCAGCCCCAGCCUUCUUUCCCAGGACAGCAGUGCCACCUCUUCCUUGACUGGAAACAGCCUGUUUUGGAUGAGUCCCUUGCUGGAGCUUCAGCUGGACAAGACCGGCUGGACCUGAUUGUGACUGUUGGGGGGGAGGGGGGAGGGAAAUCACAGACCC